CACUUUUCUUCAUCAUACAAAUCACACAAACAUCGAGCAAAGAUGGCAGACCAAUCAGAGCAUAAGGCACCAACAUUAGCAGACCGAAUGAAGAGUUACGAAGCAGAAUUCGACUUCACACUUCCGUCAAAUGCCCCAAUAAUAAUUCGUCUCGAUGGGCAUGGAUUCUCUCGUUUCACGGCACAUUUCUGUCGGCCGUUCGACCAGCGCAUACACGAUGCCAUGGUAUCAACAUGCACCGACCUGCUAAAAUACUUCCAACAAGCAACCCUUGCAUAUACCCAAUCCGACGAAAUAACAUUGGUCUUCCCAGCCGGUGUCCAGUCCUUCAAUGAAAGAGUGCAGAAACUAGGCAGUCUCGCAGCGAGUUACUGCUCCGUCCGGUUCGGCGACCACCUACGUAAAUUGCUAGCCGCCAACCCGGAGCCCCAAGUCAAGGAGUCGGCACACGACGCUAUAGCGUCUGCGCACUUCGAUGCUCGGAUAUUCGCAGUUCCAUCUGUUGAAGAGGCAUUGAAUUGCGUGUUGUGGCGGUGUCGAGGGGAUGCCAUGAGGAACUCUGUCAGCGGGUUCGCGCGCACUCUGUUGUCUGAUAAACAGAUACACGGACGAACAAGGCUUGAGGUGAUAGAGAUACUGAAGAAUGAAAAAGGGGUUGUUUAUGAAGAUGCCGUACCGAAAUGGGCGGUGGAGGGUAGCUUGGUCAAACGUGAGCAAGUCCAGCACGAAGGUACCAAUCUCAAGACUGGUGAACCGGUGGUCGCGUUGCGGACGAAGAUACGGGUGGAGGAUCGCGGAAUAACAGAGUUCAGCGAGGAGAAUCUGCGGCUUGUUGUAGAUAAGUUUUGGUGAAUUUUCACUGUUUAUUAGUCCCUCAAGCCAAUGGAAAGAAGGAUUGGACUUUCCUGAGUUUGGCUAUACAUUUCUUACUUUUGCUCUCUCUCUCUCUGUCUUCUUCGUAUCACUGUCCAGAAUGCAUGCGGGAGGUAAUGAGCUGCGCUACUCUCUUGAGUAUAUGAGGCGUCCUUUUUCGAAUAAAAGAGAACUAGCAGGUUGAUAUCUAACCCAGGCCUUAAGUAAUGUAUGUAUAUACGUAUAUAUAUGACGUACGGCCGUGACAGUAAAAAGAAAUGCGGGUUUCCUCC